AGGGACAGUUACCGCCCUAGCGGAGGCGCUGAUAGGCGUGGCGAUCAAGAUCGCUACGAAACUGGUCAUCGCGCCACCCGCGCACCCGACCAUUACCAGCAACCUGGUUAUUCCACAUACGCCCCAAGCCGGAGGAGACAUCUGGGUCCAAAGUCCAAUGACGGACCUCACCAACGCCAAGCCAAUGGGUUCAAUGGUCAGCGCCGCUUUGUCGCGAGACCGGCUCAUACGCGUGACCUGUUGACCGCACCUCGCCGCGAGACCACGCCGGAGCAGCUCCAAGGCAUGAACGCUUAUGGCCAGGAACGCUUUCAUGAGGUUGACUCGAGCAGCGAUGAGGACGACGAUGGAGAAGUCGAUCUCAUCGACCUUACAAAUGGCUCAUUUGAUGAAAUCGCUGAUCAGGCUGCCAAUGACGACGCCGAAUCCCAGCUACCGCGAAAGCGUGUCAAGCUCAACGCAACCGUUGCGGACGACGUCCCGAAAUGGUCGAACCCUGACCCUUACACGGCACUUCCACCGCCAGAGACACUUGGGGCUCCAAAGAAGGACAUCGUAGAGGUCAUUCGCAAAGCCAGAAACGAAGCAAAAGCAACUUCCUCAAACAAGAACGAAAUCCAGGAUAAUGUCGACUUUAUCUCUUUUGACCUUGACUUCACAGGUGAUAGCGGGUUAGAAAGGACUUCGAUGGCGGUAGACCUUGUAGCCGGCAUGGUAAAAGAGAGCAGAACCAGAAAGCGGAAGCGUCAAGCGCACCAAGGAAAGCUGUUGGGGGACAUUAUCGACGAAUGGGAGCCGAAUGAGACGGAUCCGACUCCAUGGUGCAGAAGCGCUCCAGCUCGGCACGGCAAUGCAGGCUUGAGGCUACACAAAGAAAUUUGUGACUUCUUCAACUAUGUCCAGCCCAAGAAUUUUGAAGAGGAAGCUCGCCGUGACCUCAUUUCACGUGUUGAGAGAGCAAUCCUGACGUCGAACAUCGCGGGCAGCCAUGGCACCAAAAUCCAUUGUUUUGGCUCCUUUGCGGCAGGCCUCUACCUUCCAACUGCUGACAUGGAUUUGGUUGCAAUCUCGUCGACAUUCCAGCAGCAAGGCUUGCGCACCGUAGGCCAGAGUGGAACCCAAAUGCAUAGGCUCAGUGCACACCUGACCAGAAGCGGAGUCGCCGCUGCAGGGUCUGUGCAGGUCGUCCUCCACGCAAAGGUACCGAUUGUCAAAUUUAUCGACAAGAAGACCGGUAUCAAAGUCGACAUAUCAUUUGAGAACAGGACCGGUAUCGUAGCAAACAAGACGUUUCAAGAAUGGAAGGUACUUUAUCCCGCGAUGCCCGCGAUUGUGGUGCUCAUCAAGCAGCUUCUGGCGAUGCGCGGUCUUAACGAAGUCUUCAGUGGCGGCAUCGGUGGCUUCACCACCAUCUGCCUGGUCGUCAGUAUGAUGCAGCAUAUGCCAGAGUUGCAGAGCGGAAGCAUGGACCCAAAUCUGCAUUAUGGUGAACUCCUAAUGAACUUCCUCGAUCUAUACGGCAACCGGUUCGAUAUCAGACAUGUCGGCAUCGAACUUAGUCCACCCCGCUACUUCGACAAGCAGCGUGAGCCUAUGCCUAAGCAGAAUGGGCAACGACUGACGGUGGUUGACCCGAACAACUCACAGAAUGACAUUUCUGGUGGCUCGCGGGAGAUUGAGUCUGUGCUCGACUGCUUUCGCCAAGCGUACGCCCUUCUGGAGAACCGGCUCGAGGACGUCGAGGAAGGAGAGGAUCACCGCAGCAUCCUUGAGUGCGUAUGGGGCGGCAACUACACCUCAUUCGAGGCGCAGCGGGAGAAGCUCGGGAAGCUC